CUGUCGAGCAGUGCUGGUAAAUGGCGGAACAAGUAUACACAUAAAAAAUUAAAUUGCAGCACAGCACCCGCAACGCACACAUAUAUUUAUUUAACGGAGUUCUCAAAAAACAAGGAGCGGUGUGUGCGAAAAGCAAUUAAGCAGAAACACCAGCGGAAUUAGUAGCACAACCGUCAAAUAACGAUGAACGGGGGUGGUGGAGGAUGUGGAGGAGCAAAUGGGAGCAAUGGCUCCAGCACCAAUGUGACAGCUGCCGGGAGCACUGCAGGCGGAAGCGCAGGCGACGAGACUGGUGGAGAUGCCAGCUCCAGACGCCAGGCGACACGGGUGUUUAAAAAGAGCUCCUCCAACGGCAAAAUAACGGUUUACCUUGGUAAACGGGACUUCGUCGACCAUGUCACGCACGUGGAUCCCAUUGAUGGCGUUGUGUUCAUUGAUCCAGAGUACGUAAAGGACCGAAAGGUUUUUGGCCAGGUGCUUGCCGCCUUUCGUUACGGACGCGAAGACCUGGAUGUUUUGGGAUUGACAUUCCGUAAGGACCUGUAUCUGGCGCAUGAGCAGAUCUAUCCGCCCAUGCAGCUGGACCGUCCGAUGACCCGGCUUCAGGAGAGGUUGAUUAAAAAGCUGGGACCGAACGCCCAUCCGUUUUAUUUUGAGGUUCCGCCCUAUUGCCCAGCCUCCGUGUCCUUGCAGCCGGCUCCUGGAGAUGUGGGAAAGUCUUGCGGAGUGGACUACGAGCUAAAGGCCUUUGUGGGUGAGAACGUGGAGGACAAGCCCCACAAGCGGAACUCGGUGCGUCUGACUAUUCGCAAAGUCAUGUACGCGCCCUCCAAAGUCGGUGAGCAGCCAUCAAUCGAAGUAAGCAAGGAGUUUAUGAUGAAGCCAAACAAGAUCCAUUUGGAAGCUACUUUGGACAAGGAGCUAUACCACCAUGGCGAAAAAAUAUCGGUUAACGUUCAUGUGGCCAACAACUCAAAUCGGACGGUAAAAAAGAUUAAGGUAUGUGUCCGGCAGUUUGCGGAUAUUUGCCUCUUUUCGACGGCGCAAUAUAAAUCUGUUGUGGCCGAAAUCGAGUCAGAAGACGGAUGUCAAGUGGCUCCGGGAUUUACUCUGUCGAAGGUAUUUGAGUUGUGCCCACUGUUGGCAAAUAAUAAGGAUAAAUGGGGCCUUGCUUUGGACGGGCAGCUUAAGCAUGAAGACACCAACUUGGCGUCUAGCACACUCAUUACCAAUCCUGCCCAGCGAGAGAGUCUUGGUAUUAUGGUGCACUACAAGGUGAAGGUGAAGUUGCUGAUUAGCUCGCCCCUGCUAAAUGGUGACCUUGUGGCUGAGCUGCCAUUCACACUAAUGCACCCCAAGCCCGAGGAGGAAGAGCAUCCGCUGUUGGGGGAGCGAUCGCCACGUGCUAGUUUAGCAGGCGGGGGUCUGCCGUUAGUGAGCAUGAGUGAUGUUGGAGAAAAUGAAUCGGCGACUGGCGGGCAGGAUGUGCCAACCACAACAAAUCUCAUCCAGCUGGACGACGACGAGGCACAAGAUGACGACAUAAUUUUUGAGGACUUUGCCCGCCUGCGCUUAAAAGGCGCUGAAACAGAGGCCUAGAUAAAAAGGAAAAGAACGAACUAUUAAUUGAUAUGAAGAAAAUACUACCAUAAUUUUCGGCAUUUGUAUAAUAUAAAAAACUAUGAAAAAAAUUGCACACCCGUUAAAUGUAAAGUUUUAUACCAAUAGCCAUGGUCAACGGUUGGAUGUAAGCUAUUUUAUAUGUGUAGGCAAUAUGUUCUAGUAUCUAUAGGGCUUAAGCUGAAAGUGUACGAAUUUUUAAUGUGAAAUUGUUUCACCAAUCAACAAAGAAAAUCUACACAAAAUGCACGUGCAUAAGUUAACUAUAUUUCGGCCACACUUGUAAAAGUUGAAAGAAUGCACAAAAUCCACAAAUUUGUAUUCGAUAUGUAAAUGUUGUAUAAUAUUAUUUCUUAUUAAAAGCCGAAUCCCAUGAUAAAAACGCGAAAACAAAAAUUCAUUUACAAAAAGAAUUCUAAUAAUGUUUACGCCUUUCCUCUUUUGGGACACAGUUAUUGCCUUGCAAUACAUUGAUAAUUUUAAUGCAACUAAUGAGGUUUUUGUUAUGAAAUAAAAUGGUUGAUAGAUUUUAACGGAAAA